AUGGAUACCAUCGAUGCGGCGAUUACGCUCGCCAAUGGAUCUCCGUCUCGCAAGGCUGUGUGCAUCCUCAAUAUGGCUAAUGCUAUUCAUGCUGGUGGGGGUUUCCGAACUGGGGCGCUUGCUCAAGAGGAAGCCCUUUGCUAUCGGACAUCUCUGUACUUCACUCUCAAGUUACGCCACUAUCCAAUUCCUGACAAAGCAGCCAUCUACUCUCCAUCAGUUCUGGUAAUUAGGGACAACUUGACAAGAGGCCAUGACAUUCUCGAUUGCCGCGAUCCUCGGCAGCUGCCAUUGCUUGCAGUUGUCAGUGCCGCUGCCCUUUUCCGACCUUUGGUCAAUCAUGUGCUUGCCAACCCCAGCGAGGAAUCCAGUGAAUUGUACGCGGAUGCAGACGAUAGAUUACUAAUGGCGGAGAAGAUGAGAGUGGUCUUGCGGACAGCAAUCAGAAACAAACAUCGACAAAUUGUACUGGGGGCAUUGGGCUGUGGUGCGUUCCAGAAUCCACCAAGAGAGGUCUCGCAGCUCUGGGCAGAUGUGCUCCGAGAGCCCGAGUUCUCUGGUGGCUGGUGGGAAGACGUCGUCUUUGCAGUGCUCAGCGACCAGCGCAAUCGGAACUAUUGGUGGUUUGAGCAUACACUCGAUGGUCUGAUGGUGUAA